AUGGAGAAACAGAAGCUGUUAAAUAUUUUACAAAGGGAGUUAAAAGAAUAUGGAGAUGAAGAAAUGCUAUCGUGUUUUCAUCGAUUUUAUGAGUCUAUUGACGCAAAUGAAAAUGAGCAUUCUAAAAAGUUUUUCAAUGAGCUGAUUCAACAAAUGAAGAAGCUAUUUAUUAUUUAUCAUAAAAGAAAUAAAAGGGAUUUGAUUGAAAAGAUAAAGAAUUUUUUUAAAGAAGAAAGUAAUGAAGUAAAUAUUAUAGAUGUUGAAAAUAAUGAUAAAGAUAAUGAUAGUAAUUUUAAUUAUGAAGAUGAUUAUUUUACAAACAAUGAAGAUAUAAAUAUAAAUGAUGAUGAUGAUAAUAAUAAUAAUAAUAAUAAAGUAAGAAGAAAAGGUAAAAGAAGCAAAGAUCCAAAAGACAUGAAGUUACCUCACUUUAAAAAUCAUUAUUCUUUUCUAUCUACAAAUUUAUUUGAUAAUAUAAAUUUACAUGAUUUAAAAAAUAAUGUUUAUGAAUAUGACAUUUUUAAAUUAUAUAAUACUCAUGUGGAAAUGAUAUUAUUAGAAGAUAAUAAGGAUAUAACAAUAGAUGAUGAACCAUAUUUUUAUGAAACCUUUGAAUAUUUUUUUAAUGUAUUAUGCUUAUUAUAUUUUUUAAAAAAUAUAUAUUUUGAUUUAAAUUAUAAAACAAAUGAAAAUUCUUAUUCUUUUCUUUUUAAAGGUUUUGAAGAAAGGAAAAAUAAAGUUUUAAGUUAUUUUUUUAUUUUAAAAAAAUUGAAAAUACAUAAAUUAAUGGAUAAUGAAGUUAUCAAAAUUUUCUGUAAUUUUUUUCAAUAUAUAUAUAUAAAUGAAUAUUUGAUUAGAAAUAUAUUUGAUGUAUCUAUGAAUAGUUUUAUUUAUACAGCUGUUAAAAAUUUUCAAAAAAAAUAUAAAAUGGAUAAUAUCUUAGUAUCAUUACAAUCUUUAACAGAUGCAGAUUAUUCAGAACAACAACAAAAACAAACAAUUAAUAAUGAUUCUGAAAAAGUUAUUUGUGAUCAUACAACAUAUGUUAAUAAUACAUCUUCAAAAAAUUCCAUAAGUGAUUAUAAUAUAUGUGUCAAUAAGUCAACAAAUGAAUUGACAAGUUGUAAUAAUAAUAAUAAUAAUAAAACAUUAGAAAAGUCAGAAAUAUCUGGAAAUGAAAUUAUAUGUCAGGAGAGCAUUCCAAAUAAUAAUAAGAUAAAUAAAAUGAACAACAGUACUAUUAAUAAUAAUAAUAAUUAUUAUAAUAAUAAUUAUAAUAAUAAGGUUAAUAAUAAUCUUUUUAGUAAUAACUAUUGUGUGAAAAAUAGUCCAAAUCAUGAAGAUUAUUUAAAUAAAGAAUUAAAUAAUUUCUUUAUUACACAUAAUCAAAAUAAAGGUAAUAAACAUUCCUUUAUUGAUAUUAUAUAUAAUGAUAUUAAUUUUGAUAAUAUAUAUACAGAUGAAAUAAUUAAUUGUUUGUUUUAUUUCUUUAAUAAUCCUUAUCUUAUUUUUACCUUUCAUAAAAAUGUGCUAUAUUAUAUUGAGAAAAAAAGUAGAGAUGCCAAUUUUUUUCAUUCUUAUAAAAAUGCCAUUGCUUUAAUUAAAUAUUUAAAUUAUUGUGUAACUACGAUUUCUAUAAUUUUCCAUAUUUUUGUAAGCGCAGGAUUAUUCUUUAAUAAACAUAUUAUGAUAAUAGAAUCUAAUAAAUAUCUAAACUUUUAUAAACUAUUAAACUUUGAUAAUCUUCUUGUAGAUUCAGAUAUGUAUGAUCAAAAAAAGAAAAAAAAACAGAAUCCAUGCGAAUAUAAUAAUAAAAGGAAUAAUAGCAUAUAUAAUGUAUCAAAACGUCGUAGUUCUACUCACAUUAAUUCAUCACCUGGAAUUCAUGAAAAGGAUGAAAAUAUAAAAAACAAAAGCCAAAAAAAUGUGGAAUCAUUUGAUACAUUAAAUGAUAGUAGUUCAUAUAAUGAUGACAGUAUUAAUGAUAAUGAACUGGUAGUACAUAGUAAUCCAUUCGAUAAAAAAAAUUACGGAAAUUUAAAAGAUAAUAAAUUUUAUGAUUUUAAUAUUAUAAAAUAUUUAAUGAAAUAUAAAAAUGUUGUUAGUAAUUUAAAUCAGGAUCAUUUUAAUAAAAAGGAUUAUUCCAAUGAAAGUGAAGGAGAGGUUGAUAAUUUUGUUAAUUUAGGUCAUUCAAAUGUGAAUAGUAGAGGUAGUUACACCAGUAGUCAAUAUAAUAAAGAUGAUGUAACUAAUUCUUCUUAUGAUAAUUCUAAUUCAUAUUCUGAUGAGGAUUAUAGUAAUAGUGAUACAAGUAAAUUUGAAGAAAAAAGACAUAAGAAUUCAUAUAAAAAUGUUAAAUAUAACAAAUCAAGUGAUGAUUAUGAAAAUGAUAGUAGUAGUUCAAAUAAUAAUAAUAAUAAUAAUACAUAUAGUGAUGAUAAUUUCAAUAGUUAUAAUACAAAUAGAAGAAAUACACAAAGAAAAAGUAAAAAGAUGAACAAGGAAAGAUUCGAAAAAAAGAAUAAAAAAAUAAAUCAAGAAGAUUCUACAAUGUCAGAUGAAUAUAAUAUGAAUAAUGGUUUAUAUUCAAAUGAGUAUACUAAUAGAAGUAUAUUUAAUGAUAUAUUACAUAAAGCAAAAAAACGAAAACGAUUUUAUGAUUUAAUAAGUAAUAUAAAUAGAAUGAAAAAUACAUUUAAUGUUAAUAAUAUUAAUAAAAAUAAAAGUAUUGAUUUUAAUUAUAUAGAAAAUAUUGAUACUAUAUCAUAUUUUAUAAGUAUAUAUAAUUCAGAACAUAUUUUCCAAUUUGAUUAUUAUUUUUUAAAAUUUAUUGCAGAAAUAUGUACAACAUAUAAUAAUUAUAUUAAAUCAUAUUUAAUUAAUAUAAAUAAUAAUAGUAAUCUGAAAUAUAAAAGGGAAUAUUUAGAUAAGAUAAUAAAUCAAAUAGAAAAUUUUUUAAAUGAAGUAACUAAAUUGAUAUAUGUAUAUACAUGGUGUAUUUUAUAUAUAUUUGGUCAUUCAUAUUCUUAUGUGAAGUAUGCAAAAUAUUUUUAUCAGAAGAAAUCUUUUUUCUUAUUAGAUAAAAAACCACAUUUUAUAUUUAAUCAGUUUAGUUAUAUUACUCAAGAAUCUGAUAAUAUUUCAAAUAAUAAUAAUAAUAUAAAUGAAAAGAAUAAUAUAUAUAAAAACAAAAAUAAUAAUAUAAAUAAUGAGGAGGAACAUUUUGAUUAUCGUAAACAUUUAUAUAAUAAUUAUAAUGAUGAUAUACCUAUGAAUCAUUUUUUUAAUCCAAGUAAUAUUGUAGAAAAUUUAAAAUAUAAUUAUGAAUUAAAAAGAAAUACAUCAGAAUUUGAUAACUUUAAUUUUAAUAAUUUAAUACAUAUUUAUAAAAAUUCAUACUUUCAAAAUAUUGUUGAUAAAUUACAAUUGAAUUUAAAAUUUAUUGACAAUAUUUUAUUUACUUUAGAUAAUAUAUUAAAAAAUAAAAAAAGGAAAAAAAAAAAAUUUCUUAAUUAUUUAUGUGUAAAAGAUCAAAAGUUAGAUGAUAUAUGUAACUCUAUAGAUAAUCUAAAAAGAAAUAUAAAUAAAUAUAGAAAAACAUUUCAUUAUUGUUUGAAUUUUAAUAAUAUAAAAAAUGUUAUUAUGCUUACAUUAGAAGAAAUGAGUAUGAGUUCUGAUAAAUUAGAAUUAAAUAAAUUAUUAAAUGAAUAUUUAAAUAAACUCGAAAGUAGAGGACAAUUAAAAAAAAGACAAAAAAAAAUAAAUAUCAAAAUUAUUGAUAAUAAUAUUAUUCUUGAUACAAAUAAUAUAAAAAAAGAAAGAGAAAGAGAAAAAAGAAAAAGUGUAGAAAAUUUUUUAAAUAAAAAGAAAUUUCUUAAAUCAUAUAUGGAUAUAAAUGAUAUAUCAAAUCAUUUAAUAGAUAAAAGAAGAAAUAAAAGUAUUAAAAUGGGAACAACCAACACAAAAAACCACAGAACUAGUAGUAAUGUAACUAAUAGGAAUCGUAGUCGUAGUAUAUUAUCUAGUUCAUUUUUAGAAAAAAAAGAAACAAACAAAAAAUUUUCAAUGAAAAGUCAAAAGAAAUAUAGUGAAUAUGUGAACACUAAUAGGUCAUAUAUAAAAAACAAUUCACAUAUAAAUAAUAAAUUAAGUAUUUGUAUGGAUAAUAAUAAAAAUGAUGAUAUAAAUAAAAGCUUUAUCAUAAAUGAUAAUACAAAUCGUGGUUCAAUAACUAAUAAUAGUUAUUAUCAUAAGAAUAAUAAAAAAUAUGAACAUAGUGUAAAUGAUAAAAAUGAUAUGUUAGAAAGAUCAAGUAGGAGAAGUCAUAAUUAUUAUUCAAGUAGUGAUGAUAACAAAAGUGAUAAUUAUAAUAUAAAUGAUAAUAGUGAUUAUCAUUAUAAUGAUACAGAUACGGAUGAAGAUAAUGAGAAUUCUAGUGAUAAUUACAAAAAAGGUGGUGAUCAAAAUGGUAACAAUUUAAAUAGUAAUAAUAAUAAUCAUAAUAAUAAUAAUAAUAAGAAGAAACAAAUGAAUGAACUAAUUUUUAAUAGUGAAUAUCAUACAGAAAGAUUAAUAUUUUUUUUCAAUUUAUUAAAUGGAAAUAAUUUAUUUUAUUAUUUAUCAUUACAUUAUUUAGUUAAGAAUGAAAAGAUAAUGGAAAUAUUACAUUUUUUACCAUUAAAAUAUUUACUGGACUUAUUAAUAUUAUAUGAUUUAAAAGAUUAUAUUAAAUUUAAAACUAUCAUUAGAGUGUUCAGAAUUAUUUAUGAAUUUCAAGAUUUUUCUCCAAUUUUAAGAGAAGAUAUAUUUUUUAAUAAAAAUAAUUAUUGUUUAGAAAAUGCAGAUUUUAUGAAUUAUGAAUUUUGGUGUACAUUUUUAACAGUAAAUAAAAAAGAUCUUUCUCCCAAAAAAGCUUAUGAUGAUGAUAAUUAUAAUAGUAUUUUUAUGGCUCUUAAACAAACAGCUAUAAUAUAUAAUAAUAUGAAUGAUAAAAAAGAAGACGAUUAUGACGAAUUAAAAAAAAGAGAUGAUUAUUCAAAUGAUGAUGAUAAUAAUGAUCAUAAUGAUCAUAAUAAUAAUAGUAAUUAUUAUAAUGAUGAGAAAUAUCUUCAUAUGGAUCAUAAUUCUCAUGAUGUAAAGAAACAUGGAUUUUUUGUAGAUUUAAUAAAAAGAGUAUUUUCUUUAUUUAAUUUUUCAAAUACAUUAAAAAGUUAUCCUGUUUUAUUAAAAGAACUAUUACAAAAAUUAUUAAUAAAUAUUAUUGGAAAACAUAGCUGUAUAAAUGAUAAUAAAAAUUAUAAAGGUUAUAAUAGUAUCAAAUAUUAUGCUUUAAAAUUUGUAUAUAAUAAUUUAAAAAAUUUAACAUUCGAAUGUAAUACUUCUUCAUAUUAUAGUUAUACUAUAAACAAUCAAACAGAAUUAUAUAAUAUUAGUAUACAUAAUUUUAUAUUAUAUCAUAUAUAUGAAUUAGGUAUGAGAACGAAAGAACUUAUUAUAAAAAGUUCAUGUUUUAAAUUAAUAAAAUAUUUAUUAACUGAAUAUUAUUAUUAUCCAGAUAUAUUUAAUGAAAAAUGUCAUGAAUUAAUUAAUUCAGAUAUUAAAAUAAAUAAAUUUUAUAUUAAAAAUGUUAUAUUAGAUUUUGUCUCAUUCAAUAUUAUGAUAUGUCAUCUUCAAAGAGAGUUAACAUCAGAUUUGAAUGUAUUAAAUAAUUUAGAUUUAUUUAAUUAUUCUAUAAAAUCUAUAGCAAAUUAUUUAAUAGGUUAUAAAAAUAAUUCUUUCUUUUUCUUGAUUGAUAAAAAAAUGGUAAAAACAUUAUUAAUCAAAUUAACAUUUAUGAUGCCCUUUAUAUAUAAAUUAAAAAUACCUGCAUGUGUUAUUAGACUUUAUAUACGUGUUAUUAAAUCUUUGGAUAAAGAAAUUUUAGAUACUAUACACAAUUCAAACAAAAUAGAUCUCAUAUAUGAUAGUUUGUUUUAUAUUAUUGUAAGUCACUUUAUAUAUUUCUUUUUAAAUAUGAACAUUGAACUCGAUGAGGAAGCAUCCAAUAUUUUAUCAUGUAAUUAUAAUAAAGGUGCCUUCCCAAAAAAAUUUGAAAAAAAUGACAAUUAUAUUAAAAUUACGAAUGACACAUCUGAGGAAAAAGAAAAUGGAAAUUCACAAGAGGAUGAAGAGCAACUUUCUUGUAGAAAUAUUAAUUCAUUUGAAAAAAGUCUUGAUGACGAAGAAGAUAAAGAUAAUAAGAAGAAAGGAAAAGGUAAAUUUUUAUGUAUUGACGAUGAGUUCAAUUUUGAGAAGAACGAGCAAAGUGAAAUGGAUCAAGAAAACGAAAGAGAUGAACCCACUGCAGAAAAUAAAAGUGAAGAUAGUAGAAGUGAUAAUGAUGAUAGUCAACAUAGUGACUAUAGUAAUGAUAGUAAUAAUAGUAACAAUAGUAAUAAUAGUAACAAUAGUAAUAAUAGUAAUAAUAGUAAUAAUAGUAAUAAUAGUAAUAAUAAUAGUAGCAAUUCAAACAGCCAAAAUGAAGAUUUAUCGAAAAAUCAAAUAAAUGAUGAUAUAAGUGCAAAAAAUUUUAAUAAAUUAUCAGAUGUAUUAUAUAUAAGAAAAAUAAUAAAUGAAAACAGUAAUUUUAAUUUAGAAAAUAAUUAUUUUAUAAAUUAUUCAUUAUACAUUCUUCAUAAAGAACAUUAUUCUAUAUAUGUAUUCUUCUCAACGUUUUUUAAAAAUGCCUUAAAAGAAUACAAUGAAAUAUGUAAAAGUCAAAAAGUUUAA